GUUCGGAGUGAGAUUUUGGGAGAAAACACAGAGGGGGAACUCCAUCUUAGCCCCACAAAUCCUUUCAGGGCUUCUCCCAAAGAGCAGAGGACCAAGCGUCCUUUUCAGGGUCAGACUCCAGUCCACACACCACACACAGAACCACAACAUAACAAACAAAAUGAGAAACAAACACCUACAAACACUACAAAACAGUACUCACACAUAGGGGAAGAUCAGGCCACGGAACUGGACACAACUCCAGUUCUGUCUCCACAAAAAAUCUGUGUCACCGCACAGGUUCAUAGAGAUCCGGUCGAAACACAGAACUCCCCAUUGGAGCUGGACAGGGAGCUUCUGGAGUUUUUGGAGGGCAGUCCUCCCUCUCCCCCAAAACCUACAACAUACAAACCAAAAAGACACAUUAACACGGACAAGAAAAUGACAGACUGGAGCCUGACUGUGACCAAAAAAUGGCUGUUCAUUGGUGACUCCAACCUGGCCAGGAUGCCAAUGCAUUCUAUUCCAGACCUACAGAUAGACAGCUAUCCAGGGGCUAACUUUCGCCACGCACAGGGCAUUCUGUCCAACGCAACCAGUGAGGUAACAGUGGAGAAAGUGCUGCUCUCAUUUGGUUUGAAUGCUAGAGCACAAAAAGUGAAGGAGACAUCCAUAAAGCAGCUACAAGCAGCAGUCAGAUUGGCCAAAAACAAAUUCCCAUACGCAGAGAUCUGGAUCCCAAAAAUUAACUAUUCUUCAUUCCUACCGACCCAGGAAAAACUAAAUCUACAGCUGCUGAACGCCUACAUAUUCAGAAACAUGCCGUACAUCGAGUCUCUAGAAAGAGACAAGUUUCUGACAGAGGUGGACCACAUACAUUGGACAAGAACAACAGCUAAAUCAAUGUUUGACCACUGGGUCAGCCAUUUAAACUUAAAAGCCCCUUAA